AUGAUGACAGAAAGCUUCAAAAACCUGGCAAAGUCGACCUCAUUGCUGAACAUCUACCUCUGCGAAGCGACAACUUAUCCCGCCGUCCUUGCCGCACUCAACCUCGCCUCUUUCCCCCGCCAAAUCAUCCACGUAUUAGUAAACCCAAAGGACUACCAAAUAUCAUCGCACAAUCACUUCCUGAACCCAUUAGCCGAGUCUCCGCAUCUCAUCUCGCAUCUCGAGUUCCAAGCCACUUUACACAAAGAUCCCUGGGACAUAGAGCCAGACAUGAGAAGAGUUGAUGUCGCACACAACGAAUUCGGCCGCCACUACUCUGGCUACAAGUCCGUCACCCCACAAGUAUCAAAGCUAGCCGCCAAACUCUCGAGCGUGAAGGAAGUCAGCUUUCGCGGAUGCGACACCGUCCCACGUCUACGAUUGUGUCACGGAUGCGAAGAUGCAUGGGUAGGUAUCUUCGCCAAGAACACUUAUUCGAAUCUUACUCACUUGGACCUUUGUGGCGGCUACGUGAGUGGGAGUCGUCUUCGAGGCUUUCUCAAACGACAUUCUGGAACGCUACAACACGUCAUGUUCGACUUCGUAUCUCUGACCGACGGUAACUGGUGCUCGAUCGCGAAAGGCCUGCAGAAAUGUCCGAACCUCAACUAUCUGGACGUGGGCCCGGAUACGACGACGGGUCGCUACAUUGGCUCUCUUCUUCAGAGACACGCUUCAUCACCUCUCGCGAUCAGCCUACCAAAGAAAUACGUCACUCCUGGCCUUGAGGCCUCAAAGCUCCAAAGCGAUGACUCGCACAUUGAUGUUAUACUGCGUAACACGAAGGAUGUCGCACACUGGCUGGACGUAUUCGUAAGAUACUUUGCCACGGAUAAGAGCAUUGCGGGCGACUGUUAUGAGGCGUUUAAUGGCUAUAAGCUUCCGGUCUAUCACGAGGCCCCUUUGGACAAGUAUCUCGAGGCGGACGAAGAAGCUUGA